AGAACCUUGUCGGUGUCUCGAUUGGUGCUGGCCGUUUUAGAUGAGAAAGUGUUUGAGUCGGUCGGGAGGUCUUGUUCUUGUCGUCGUAUAUUGCCACCGAGCUCAAGGAUCGUUGUCGAGCGAUGUCAAUUGGUGUGA